GCGCGGCCGCCGGCGCCGCAGCCCCAUGGCCCCAUCCCGCCUGCAGCUCGGCCUCCGCGCCGCUUACUCGGGCUUCAGCUCCGCGGCGGGUUUCUCCAUCUUCCUCGUCUGGACGGUGGUCUACAGACAGCCGGGGACGGCGGCCAUGGGGGGGCUCGCAGGUGUGCUGGCGCUCUGGGUCCUGGUGACCCACGUGAUGUACAUUCAGGAUUACUGGAGGACCUGGCUCAAGGGACUGCGUGGCUUCUUCUUCGUGGGUGUCUUAUUCUCGGCCGUCGCCAUUGCCGCCUUCUGCACCUUCCUGGCGCUGGCCGUGACCCGACAGCAACGCCUCACAGAUCCCAACAGCUACUACCUUUCCUGCGUCUGGAGUUUCAUCGCCUUCAAGUGGGCCUUCCUGCUGAGCCUCUAUGCCCACCGCUACCGCGCUGACUUUGCGGACAUCAGCAUCCUCAGCGAUUUCUGACCCAGGGGGUGAGGUCUCUGCACCCUGGAGGGCCUUGGGACCUGGACUCAGCCUCUGAGACGUCAGGAAGGCCUGCCCCGCCUUGUGGACCCCAGAACUGGGGCAAAAUACACAGCAGGGGAACUGAGGUCUCCAGGAAAACUGCCGCAUUCCCUUGAGGAAGACCCAGGUGCAGUGUGAAGGGGGUCCUGCCGUGUUGCCCCUCCUCCACCUCGCUGGCAGGCGGCUUUAGCCUUCUCAGAUGGAUCUAUUUUCUUAGCACUCAGUGAGGAAUCUUUGUAAGCAGGGCCAGGGCAACAAUGGGUUGGGCAAUGAGGUCCUGAAGUGUUCCUGGGGGCAGGCAGUGUGGCCCCUGCUGCCCGGCAUUCUCCCUCCGGCCUGGUCACAUGGGGGAUCUCUGGUAGAGACCUCUUAACCCCUAGCACCCCAUCCUGUUAUCCCCGAGGGUGAGGCAGCUUAACGCAUCUGUCCCAGGAAGUCAUCAGGGGCUGUCCCUAGCCAGGCCUGGUCUGUGGGUGUCCCAGAAACAGUCAUCACCCCUCCACACUUGUCACCUCUUACAUGCCCCCCACAUCUAAAGUGAGACUCCCAACAAGGCCGGCUAACAGUCUUGGGGAAGGUGCUCCUGCCCCAGCAGGGCUUUGGGGUAGAGGGUGGCAGUGGAGGCCCAAAGGAACCCCUCAACCUUAGGCCUACAUUCCUAAUCCACCUUCCUACACCUGUCCCCAGGGCAUGCUGGUCACCCGUGUGAGAUGACACCCCUGUCCCACCCCUGUUCACUGCCUGUCUCCUGGAAUUUUUAUCUUUUAAAAACAUCUCCCUACUGAAGGACAGAACCUGCCUUUCUGCCCACACCCUGGCCCGGACCCACCUGACCUGAGGGGAGCUGCCGCUGCGUGUCUCAUGUUAAGGGUGCACACCCACCCCUCCCUACCAGGUGUGGCCAGCCCCAGUUCUUUGCCUUAUCUGUGUCACUGUCACUUUAGCAGAAAUACAGUGGUCAUCAGUAUUAGACAGCCUCUAGUUGAUGCUCACAGGUGGGAUCCGGGGGGCAUGUGGGCACGGGGUGGAAAGGUGGUGUGGUUCUCUAGUUUCAGCCAUUUCCUUAGCUCAGACUGUGCCCUGGUGGGCAAAGGAGGCCAUCAUCUUGGACUGGAGGCUGUCUCCCUCUGGCCCCUCUCGGCUCGGGGGACCCACCAGCUCUUCUCCAACUCUUAGUACACACCCAGCCAGGGUGGGAUACCCACGGCACAGUCUAGCCCCCCACGGGAUUUUGUGUCUGUCACCAGAGAGGCCAGGACAGAUGGGAGGGGGAAGAUCCCCCUUCCCCACAUCCUCUCAGGUAUGGGGCCAGGCCUGAGGCCAUGAGGCCACCACUCCUGCUGGCUGGAGAAGGCAGGCUGGGCCACUCCAAACCCUGAAGCCAGGGCGCUGGCAGGAUGCACCUUCCUCCCUGCUUACCCUGAGCAUGCCUGCCAGGGUCUGCUGCCUCACUCAUUUGUUCUUGUGGUCACGCUACGUGUUUAAGAAACCAUGAUGCGUCAGAGCGGGAAGGAACCAUAAACGGUGUCUACUUCUAGAGCCUUUGCCUGAUGAGCAGGGGCGUAGGAGGUGAUCUAGCUGAGCCCCCAGCUGGGACCUGCACCCAGGAAAGGCUGCUCACAACCUGAGCCUUAGCGCGUGGGGCUAAGGUGGCCCGUCCUCCACGGGCCCUCUGUCCAUGAAGUUAGCCAAAGCUGCCACCUCAUCACCCCAGGGUGGGAUAGGCCAGGCACCAGGGUGUCUUCAGGAGGGAUUCCUCCUGCAGGAAAGCUGCCAGAGGGCAGGGGGCCGGAGAGAGGAUGGUCCCCCACCAGCCCAGUCCCCUCCGUUCCCACCAAUCCACUGCCGCUGUAUGCCCACCGCACAUCCCUCCUCCCGAGGCCCUUCACAUGCAUCUUUAAAGCAAAUAAAACAUUUAUUGUUCAGA